AUGUGUAAACCAGGAGAGGAGCUGUACCAUGAACCACAGACCAUGUGUAAACCAGGAGAGGAGCUGUACCAUGAACCACAGACCAUGUGUAAACCAGGAGAGGAGCUGUACCAUGAACCACAGACUAUGUGUAAACCAGGAGAGGAGCUGUACCAUGGACCACAGACCAUAUGUAAACCAGGAGAGGAGCUGUACCAUGAACCACAGACUAUGUGUAAACCAGGAGAGGAGCUGUACCAUGGACCACAGACCAUAUGUAAACCAGGAGAGGAGCUGUACCAUGAACCACAGACUAUGUGUAAACCAGGAGAGGAGCUGUACCAUGGACCACAGACCAUGUGUAAAACAAGAUGGGCUGUACCAUGGACCACAGACCGUGUGUAA